AUGAAGAAUGAAUUGAGUUUCACAGGUUUCUUUAUCUUAUAAGUAUUCCUAUCUUGGUAAUCGUCUUGCAGGGCUAUAGUAAACCUUAUAUUACAUUCUCAGACAUCCAAAUGCCUUAUAUUUACAAUAAUCCAAAUUAUUGUGCAUUAGUUUAGAAUAGUUUAAAUUACCCCAAAUAAUUAAUACAAUUUAUCAGUUAUCUUAAAAUAGAGAAUAUUUAAGAAAGGGAUUUAGGGCAAACUGUUAAUAAAUAUNAUUAAAAAAGGAAUAGUUUAAGAUUAUUGGAAAGAACUAAUUUAAAAUAUAAUCGGUGAAAGCUCAUUUAUUAUAGAAAAUGUUAUAAUUUCAUAGAUUAAGCAUUUAAUAAUUAAUUUAGAACAUUCAAGUUAUCAUUUGAUCAUAUAUGAUAAAGAUGUUGAAGUAGUGAAUUAAUUGAAAUCAUUUUAAGAUAAAUAUAAAAGCAUAUUUGAGAAAAAAGCAUAAAAUAUAAUUUAAUAAUAAUUUGAAAAUACUUUAAAUAAAUAAAUGGAAAAUUAUAAAUUUGAUAUUUAUGAAGAAGAAAAAAAAAAUAUAUUAAACAGUUUAUUAAACAGAAUUUUAAAAAUGAAGUUGAAUAAAUACUUUUAGAAUUCUCCACAUUAUUUUUUUAAAACAGAUUCAAAUCAACUUCUAUAAUAUUAAUUAAAUUUAAUUACUAAAUUAUCAUAACCUAUAAUCAUAGAAGAAGUCGAACUAUUGAUUGAUUUUAAAAACCAAAUGAUGAUUGAUCAAUUAAUUUGA